CCAAUGCCACGCUAACCAACACUUUUUUGCUACAGCUCCCAAAUUGCAGAAUUUCCACGAAAUUCAAGUGUUUUUUUCAAUUUUUCUGGAAACUUUGCCUAUUUAAAUCGAUAAGCGUUACAUCCCGCGCCCACCUGCAGUCCGCGGAACGCAGGAAAACCGGGUAAAUUGAAACCAAACAGAAUGCCCGUAAAGAACGGCGAAUCCGAUGGUGAGGGCGACGUUUCUGGUGCCGAAUCGGAGCACUCAAACUCCAGCCAGGCGCACGAUACCUCCGACGAGGAGGAGGCCAAUGAAUGCGACUCGGAUGACUCCUCGGAGCUGGAUGCCAGCGAAAUUGAGCGACGGCGGGCGGAGCACAUCGAAGAUUUGUUGAGCUUGGAGCGACAGUUUAAUACGCUGCGGGAGCAAUACUACUUGGAACGCAUCAAUCUCAUUGAACGCCAGCUGGCGGAGGUACGUUCUGGCCGUUCCGAGGAGUUUGUUCAGCCACAAAAGGAGCUGGACAAGGUGUUUCGCACCCGUAUCGAGGUGGCCGAUGUGCUGCGCAGAUACCGCCUCCAGAACAUCGAGCACAAGUUCCUGUCCGAGGAGCAGGCAGCCGUCCAACACUUUGAGAGUGAGAAGCAUAUGACUGUGGACAACCUGCGCGACGAGCUGGUUGAUCGCAUCCGUCGCUUGGAGGAGGACCGCCAUAAUGUCGACAUUUCGUGGGCCGACUGGGGCACCGACAAGCGCCAGAGCAAGGUGCGCGGACCGGGACGCAAGAAGGCCGUAACCGUAACCGGACCGUAUGUGGUGUAUAUGCUGCGUGAGGAGGACAUUAUGGAGGAUUGGACGGUCAUACGGAAGGCUCUCAAACGAUCCUCGUCGUCGUCGGCAGCGGGUACGGGUACGGUAACGCCCACACCGGGUGGCGUCAGUCUGUCCGGACUGCCGGCAAUGGCCGGGGCCAGCGGAUAGCGGUGGGGCAUGGCUGCUUACGCCCACCUGCGUACCUGACGGCAGAGGAACCUCUGCCACCAGCGGCAGUAUAAGUAGAAUAGCGAUAGCGAUAUAGCGGAGCUCCCUCCUCUCGACUAAGUUUAUAUCCCCCUCACCCCAAGAUCAUUCUCCCUUAGAUUUUAGUUGUAAAGCCCAUGGAAUCCCCUUGCACUACACUCUCGCAAGCCCAAGACGAUGUAUGUAAUUUAUGCUAAACGUUAAGUGCUAAAACAAAAUAAAAGCGAACUGCAACCCAUUGGGGGGGCCAGUGUGCGGUCAAUUUCAA